GCACAAUAUAACCAAGUUGCAGAAAGUUGUAUAACCUGUGUGAGAGCCCUUGAGAAGUGACAGCAACACCCUGACUGCCCCAAGAUGUGUUUGUAUUGCACAAGUGAGAGCCAUGUCCUGGAUGUUGCGGGAAUGUGCCCGUCCGAGCUGGAUCUUCUGCUGGAGCUGAUGAAGGGUCACAUCGGUUCUUCUCCGCUCUGACACAACCAGAGCAGCCCUACAGACAGUUCUUUGCAGAUUUCAUUGUAAUUUCGCUGUAAGUGAAGUCAUAGAAGCACAGAAUUGUUAAGGUUUGAAAAGACCUCUGAGAUCAUCAAGUCCAACCUUUGACCAAACACCACCACCUUUGAGCAAAACCAGACCACGGCAUCAAGCACCGCAUCCAGUCCUGGAAGUCCUGAGGGAGAAAACCCACACCAGAACCUUUCUGGAGAACAUGACUAGCUGUUCUCCAGCUUUGCACAGGCCUUGGAAAGGAAGGGAGCUUCUGACUUCAGAGCAAAACAGGAAGAAACAUGCCUGUGGAAGGAAAUGUUACUGGAGCUGAAGGUGCUGCUUUGGGGCAGCUCUAAGAUCACCCGGGGUCAGGAGAACACCAUCUCUUCUCUUCUCAGGAUGCAGUAACACGGACCAGCUCAUUGGCAGCAUGAGAAUCCAUGACCCAGCAAAGACAGAGAUGAAAUGAAAGGAAAACAGUGACUCAAUGCAGUUUCCUGGGGAAUCUCAGCACACAACUAAAUCUUACGUUUUGAGAGUGAACCACUGACAGCUACUCUAAGAACAAGUUCUGCCAUGGACUACAUAGAGCAUGAAGAAAAUGAGAAUAUCCUUGUCAAAUUGAUGGGGCUGAGACACAGAGCAAGUUAGAAGAUGACAGCCAGGGCAGCAAAGGACACUUCAGGUACCACUGGCAGAGCCACAAUGUCAAGCAAAGUGGAGUGGAUGAUAUGGUCCUGCUUUCCAAAAUCACGGAGGAUUCCAUAGUGGAGAACCUGAAGAAACGCUACAUGGAUGAUUAUAUUUUUACAUAUAUUGGCUCUGUUUUAAUCUCCGUGAAUCCUUUCAAGCAAAUGCCAUACUUUGGGGAAAAGGAAAUUGAAAUGUACCAAGGAGCAGCACAGUAUGAAAACCCACCACAUAUUUAUGCUCUUGCAGACAGCAUGUACAGAAACAUGAUUAUUGACAGAGAAAAUCAGUGUGUCAUUAUUAGUGGGGAAAGUGGUGCUGGAAAGACUGUAGCUGCUAAAUAUAUCAUGAGUUAUAUCUCCAAAAUUUCAGGAGGUGGCCCUAAAGUACAGCAUGUUAAAGAUAUUAUUCUACAGUCCAACCCUUUACUGGAGGCUUUUGGGAAUGCCAAAACUGUACGGAACAACAACUCCAGCAGAUUCGGGAAAUACUUUGAAAUACAGUUUAGCCCAGGUGGAGAACCAGACGGAGGGAAAAUCUCCAACUUCCUACUGGAAAAAUCUCGAGUUGUAAUGAGGAAUCCUGGAGAGAGGAGUUUUCACAUUUUUUACCAGCUGAUUGAAGGGGCCUCCUCAGAACAAAAAAGCGUUCUUGGCAUUACCAGCAUGGACUACUAUUACUAUCUGAAUCUCUCUGGGUCCUACAAAGUCGAUGACAUCAAUGACAAAUCAGACUUCCAAGAAACACUGCAUGCAAUGAGUGUGAUUGGGAUCUUUGGAGAGGAACAGAAUUUGGUACUGCAGAUAGUGGCAGGAAUUCUGCAUUUGGGAAACAUCAGCUUCAAAGAAGUUGGCAACUAUGCAGCAGUGGAGAGUGAGGAGUUUUUGGCUUUCCCUGCUUUUCUCCUGGGAAUUAACCAGGACCGCCUGAAGGAAAAACUGACCAGCAGACAGAUGGACAGCAAAUGGGGAGGCAAAUCUGAGUCCAUCCAUGUGACCCUGAAUGUGGAACAAGCCUGCUACACCAGGGAUGCCCUGGCCAAGGCCCUUCACUCCCGGGUGUUUGAUUACUUGGUGGACUCUAUUAAUAAGGCUAUGGAGAAAGACCAUGAAGAAUAUAACAUUGGUGUCCUUGAUAUUUAUGGCUUUGAAAUAUUCCAGAAAAAUGGUUUUGAACAGUUCUGCAUCAACUUUGUUAAUGAAAAACUGCAGCAGAUUUUUAUUGAACUGACGCUGAAGGCAGAGCAGGAGGAAUAUGUGCAAGAAGGAAUUAGAUGGACACCAAUAGAAUACUUUAACAACAAAGUAGUGUGUGACCUUAUAGAGAACAAAGUGAAUCCCCCAGGGAUCAUGAGCAUUUUGGAUGACGUGUGUGCCACGAUGCACGCGGUGGGAGAAGGGGCUGACCAGACACUGCUCCAGAAACUCCAGAUGCAGAUUGGGACUCAUGAACAUUUCAACAGCUGGAACCAGGGAUUUAUCAUUCAUCAUUAUGCUGGAAAGGUAUCUUAUGAUAUGGAUGGAUUCUGCGAGAGAAAUCGGGAUGUUCUUUUCAUGGACUUGAUUGAACUCAUGCAGAGCAGUGAUUUACCUUUUAUAAAGGCUCUGUUUCCUGAAAAUCUUCAAGUGGACAAGAAGGGCCGUCCUACCACCGCGGGCAGCAAGAUCAAAAAACAAGCCAACGACCUUGUAGGCACCCUGAUGAAGUGUACACCCCAUUACAUCCGCUGCAUCAAACCAAAUGAAACAAAGAAGUCUCGAGACUGGGAGGAGAGCAGAGUAAAACAUCAAGUGGAAUACUUGGGUCUGAAAGAAAAUAUUCGAGUAAGAAGAGCUGGUUAUGCCUACAGGAGGGUUUUCAAGAAGUUCCUGCAGAGGUACGCCAUUCUGACCAAAGCAACCUGGCCUUCUUGGAGAGGAGAAGAGAAACAAGGAGUCCUCCACCUGCUUCAGUCAGUCAACAUGGAUCCUGACCAGUACCAGCUUGGGAAAUCCAAAGUCUUCAUCAAAGCUCCAGAGUCUCUAUUUUUGUUAGAAGAGAUGAGGGAGAGGAAGUACGAUGGGUAUGCCAGGGCCAUCCAGAAGGCCUGGAGGAAAUACGCGGCCAGGAAAAGAUACGUCCAGAUGAGAGAAGAAGCAUCAGAUCUGUUGCUGAACAAGAAGGAGAGAAGACGGAACAGCCUUAACAGGAAUUUUGUGGGAGAUUACAUAGGCAUGGAGGACCACCCAGAGCUGCGCCAGUUUGUGGGCAAACGGGAGAAGAUCGAUUUUGCAGACACUGUGACUAAGUAUGACAGAAGGUUUAAGAGCGUGAAGAGGGACCUUGUCCUCACCCCCAAGUGCAUUUACCUGAUCGGGCGGGAGAAGGUAAAGCAGGGCCCAGAGAAAGGCCAAGUGAAGGAAGUCCUAAAGCGAAGGAUGGAAAUGGAGAGAAUCCUCUCUGUUUCUUUAAGCACCAUGCAGGAUGACAUUUUCAUUCUACAUGAACAGGAAUAUGACAGUUUGCUCGAAUCAGUCUUCAAAACUGAGUUUUUAAGCCUCUUAUCAAAACGAUAUGAAGAGAAAACACAAAGAAAACUACCUCUGAAAUUUAGCAAUACACUUGAAGUGAAGCUGAAGAAGGAGAGCUGGGGGCCCUGGAGCAGUGGUGGCUCUCGACAAGUGCAGUUCAUGCAGGGCCAGGGAGACGUGGCCCUUCUCAAGCCAAGUAACAAAGUGCUGCAGAUCAGCAUCGGGCCAGGGCUGCCAAAGAAUUCCCGUCCUACUAGACGGAACCUUACCCAAAGUAGAGGGUAUUCCAACAGGUCUCAAAGUCAGACUUAUCCUAUGAGAGCUGCACCACCUCCCCCUGGUCAGCAGCAAAAUGGAGUAAUAAAUCCCCCACAGUCCACGGCCCAUCCUCAUGUCCCAGGAAAUCAAUGGGGUGCUCAGAAAAACCUGUACACGAGUAUGACACGACCAGCUUUGCCACGGCAAACGUCAGGAGGGUCAGGCAGGAUCUCACAGCAGCCAGAAAGCUUGGAUUUCUUGAAAGUACCUGACCAAGGAGCAGCUGGUGUUCGCAGGCAGACCACAAACCGCCCCCCACCAGCUGGAGGAAGGCCUAAACCCCAGCCCAAGCCUAAGCCUCAGGUACCUCAGUGCAGGGCACUGUAUGCAUACGAUGCUCAGGACACGGACGAGCUCAGCUUUAACGCCAACGAUGUGAUUGAGAUCAUCAAAGAAGAUCCUUCUGGCUGGUGGACGGGAAGACUACGAGGGAAACAAGGUCUGUUUCCCAACAAUUAUGUCACCAAGAUAUAAAAGACUGUCAGAGAAAAAUUGGCAUGAAGUUACCAGUGGUUGAAGGCCUUUUCCCUUGCCUUCAGGACAUUGUUCUUCCAAGAUUUGCUGUUCUCAGCAGUGUUUUCCCCAGUAAAGUUGUACAUGAGCAGGAAGUUACCCACAGCACAGACUGUGAUCUUUUGUCUCAGAAGCAUACAGCAAUGGACAUACUGAUCAAUUAUUUAUUAUAUUUAAAACCUGGUUUAAACACCUGAUAAGUGAAGAAUACUCAAACCUACCAUCUUCCUGAAACAGGUGCUUUACAGCCUGGGACCAGGGACUGAGAAAGGGGUGUAUUUAAUAAGUGCCUUCAGCUGAAUAUCAGUAACCUUUUUAAAUAUCUACUGAAGAUAAUGUUAAAUGCACAUUUCCUCUAAUGCAGAUCAUUCUGGGGAACAUGUUAAGUAUGCUGCUACGUCAAAAAGAUUUAGGCUCAUUUGGGAUAUUACCACCAUCUAAAAAACUACUGUGAUGGUCUAUUUAAGUAAUUCUGUACAGAGAUGUAAUGGAACUAGUUUGUGUUUAGGGACUCCAACAGGCACUGUAAGAAGUUAAAAAAGAAAACCACAUAGUACUGUAUGCUAUACAAUGUUGCCUUCUUCAAGAUUUAUAUUAUAAUAUGGCUGGCCCAUGUUGGUUUUAUGUUUAUUGUUUUACCUGUUUAAAGAAGUGUGUCUAUAAAUGUACAGUUCUGCAUAGAAAGAAAUUGUAUUCUGUAUAUAAAAACUGAGUAUAACAGAAA